GAACUGUUUUGGUCACGUACCGGAAGUAGCCAGGGUGACAUUUAGAGCAACGAAGGCAUGGUUGUCCAUUUCUCGUGAGACUCCCAUGUCCUUCUAGUUUGUCUGUCUCUUUAUACUUCAGUCCAAGUGUUUGCACUGAAGAGCGCAAUGGCGGCGUGGAGCUGUCGGUUUGUCCUCCGGAGAGGAACAACUCUGUUUUCUCUCCGAGCAGCAGCUGAAAGUCCUGCCCAUUUGAUGGGUUGUAUUAGGACAGUAAAGACCACAACAUGGUUUGAGGAACACCUCACAGAGGAUAACCAGGAGUACAUGAGGAAGAGCAUGGCAGAGGAAUACAGAACACAAACAGCUGAAAAGCUCAACCCGCUCAAAGAUGAGCCCUGGCAGCGACAUGAGUGGACAGAGGGCAGUCGAAGAGUUGGGUUAGUGGCAGUGAAGUUGGGGAUGGCUCCUAUCUGGACGAAAACAGGAGAAAGGCAUGUCGUCACCAUGUUACAGGUGGAGGACUGUCAUGUAUUAAAAUACCUGCCCAAAGAAGAAUAUAAUGGACGCACUGCCGCCCUCUUGGUGGGAGGAAAAAACGCAUCGCCAUUCUAUAUGUCUGAACAGCAGAUGGAGAUGUAUAGGGAUGCAGGAGUGCCUCCAAAGCAGAAAGUCUCCACAUUUAAAGUCACCGACAACGCCAUCCUCAAGCCAGGCACUCCUCUGUAUGCGGCACAUUUCCGUCCGGGGCAUUAUGUGGACAUCACAGCCAAAUCCAUUGGUAAAGGUUUUCAAGGCGUAAUGAAGCGAUGGGGGUUCAAAGGUCAGCCAGCCACCCACGGCCAAACCAAAACUCACCGUAGACCGGGAGCUUCUGGACCUGGAGGGGAUCCAGCCAAAGUUUUCAAAGGAAAAAAGAUGCCCGGCAUGUUGGGCAACAUUAGCGUCACAGCUUAUGGACUGAAGAUAUGGAGGGUCAAUACCAAGUAUAAUGUGCUGUAUGUUCACGGCUCUGUCCCCGGCCACAGGAACUGCUUACUGAAGGUAAGAGACUCCAAACUGCCAAACAGAAACUCCACCCUGAUCAACCCACCAUUCCCUACCUAUUUCACUGAAGAGGAAGGCGCCCUGGAUGAAGACCUUUACGAUGAGAACUUGUUCGUCCACACAGAUCCGUCAUUAACACUGUCCUGACCACUUACACACACACACGCAAAUGCGUCACGUUUCCACCUAAACCUGCAAACUAUGUCUUGACCCUUUAAUAAAUAGUAAUUCCUUUGAA